AUGGCGGCCUCCGGGGGGGACGCGUGCGGCGGGCCGGCGGGCCGGGCCGGGGCGGCGGCCGAGGCGCGGUUCAUCAGCAGCGCCAAGGGGAAGGGCCUGUUCGCCACCAGGAGCAUCCGCAAAGGGGACACCAUCUUCGUGGAGCGGCCCGUGGUGGCCUCGCAGUUCCUGUGGAACGCGCUGUACAACUACAGAGCCUGUGAUCACUGCCUGCGGGCCCUGGAGACSGCCGAGGAAAACGCCCAGCGGCUGCUGGGCAGGAGCUCCCAGGUGCUGCCUCACCCGGAGCAGUGCAGCAUCCGCAAAGACCUGCACCAGCAGUGUCCCCAGUGCCAGGUGACGUACUGCAGCGCGGAGUGCAGGCGGUCCGCGUGGGAGCAGUACCACCAGGUGCUCUGCCUCGGCCCGUCCCGCGAGGACCCCACGCACCCCCUCAACAAGCUGCAGGAGGCGUGGAGAAACAUGCAUUAUCCACCAGAGACUUCCAGCAUCAUGCUGAUGGCACGGAUGGUGGCCACUGUCAAGCAGGCCAAGGACAAGGACUGGUGGAUCAAGGUCUUCUCCCAGUUCUGUAACAAGACAGCAAACGAGGAGGAGGAGAUUGUGCACAAGUUGCUGGGAGACAAAUUUAAGGGCCAGCUGGAGCUGCUGCGGUUGCUCUUCACAGAAGCCCUUUACGAUGAGCAUCUCAGCAGGUGGUUCACGCCCGAAGGCUUCCAGUCCCUCUUUGCCCUCGUCGGGACCAACGGCCAGGGCAUAGGAACCAGCUCCCUGAGCCAGUGGGUGCACGCGUGCGACGCGCUGGACCUGCCCAUGGCGCAGCGCRAGCAGCUGGACGCCUUCAUCGACCAGCUCUACAAGGACAUCGAGAAGGAGUCGGGAGAGUUCCUCAACUGCGAGGGAUCGGGGCUCUACGUGCUCCAGAGCUGCUGCAACCACAGCUGCAUCCCCAAUGCCGAGACCUCCUUCCCGGACAACAACUUCCUGCUGYACCUCACGGCUCUGGAGGACAUCGAGGCAGGAGAGGAAAUCUGCAUCAGCUACUUGGACUGCUGCCAGCGGGAUCGGAGCAGGCACAGCCGCCACAAGAUACUCAGGGAGAACUACUUGUUCACCUGCUCGUGUCCCAAGUGCCUGGCGCAAGCCGACGACGCCGACGUGACGUCGGACGAGGAGGAGGAGGGUGAAGGYGAGACGGAUGAUGCCGAGCUGGAGGACGAGAUGACCGACGUGUGAUCCCGACGUGUGAUCCCGCGGCCCGGAGGCAGCAGGAAGGCAGGGAAAGGGGGAGCCCUCCGCAACAGAGCAGCUUUACUGCUGGGACCAGGGCUGUGCCGGGGGCGCGGGAGGCAGGUCCUGCUCCCGCCCAUCCUUGUCGUGUGCUCUGUGUGUGCGGAGCCAUCCUGGCCUCCCCGCGAGCACACACGUGUGCGUGUGUGUGUGUGUGUGUGUUUGCGCACGAGGGUUACUAUUUAAUGUCUAUAUUAGCACUAUGUCCACGCUACGGAGCUGAGGCCCUCAUCUGUCCACUCCAUUCCCUGCCUUGGCUUGGGUGCAGCGAGCAAGGGCUGAAGCGGCCGYGGGGAUGGGGUGGCUCCAUGGGCGAGCGGAGCAGGGCAGGGCCCUCCCUGCCGCUGUGUCCCUGUGCUCUGCGCACG